AUGUCACACGGCGAACGCAAAGGUCGUCUAAAUGUGGUCAAGUUUCUCGAACUGGGCUUUUCAGUCGCCUGUCUUGUGCUACACUUCUACAGCUUCAACGAUCGGGAUAUAUUGACCUCAUUUCUGGCAACUGGCACAUUCACCGGCUAUAUUAUAGUCGUUACUGGCGUCUUCGCAGGGGUUCUGAUGUGUGCUCCCAUACCCAAACGCAUUGAUAUUUUCUUCAGUGUUGUCGGCUGUUCGCUCUUCAUUGCCUCGGGCGUUUUCAUAAUCGAGGCCUGGGAGUUCUCCUUUCGCACCCGUACUCGCGAUCUGGCGCUAAUCAAGGCAUCACUAUCCAUUGUGAACGGCGUGCUCUUUGGCUUCGAUGCCAUUUUCACGUUUCGCGAUAAAUGA